UACCUGUAAGGUUUCUAUGAAGGAAUAAAUACCACCAUAGCAAAGACGAACACAAUACUGCUACUCCUGCUAAAUAAAUACAAGUGACCAUAGAGUACCAUCAAGCAAUGUUCCUGGAUUGAACUUUGGCCAGAAGGGCUAAUUGCAGUCUUUGCCAUUUGUGUACAGAGUGAUUUCUUUAAGUAUAAAUAUGAUAUUUCCUUCAAUAGAUAGUUAUACCGCCUUUUAAGCCUGGUAGAAAAAAAAAAUUCCCUCCAGCAAUCAGGUAACUUAGUCUGCAUAACACACUGGUGCAUGACUUUUGCUUCUUUUCCUCUGGAGUGUUGAAAUUACGUUAUUCCUUCUGAAAUGGAAGAAAGCAUUGAAAAGAAAUAUCCACCAAUUGCUGCCCAUGAAACAGGACCUGGACCAGGAAGGUACAGUUUGCCUCCUACAGUGGGCUACAUCAAGCACGACUACACCAAAUACACCAGCCCAGCCUACACCUUCCACACAAGGCACAGCGCAGUUAGGUAUAUCAAGGAUUCAAGCCCAGGACCGCGGUAUUAUGUUGACUCAAAAGUCACUCGUUUUGGCAGGAAUGGAAGUGCAGCCUAUUCCAUGCUGGGUAGAGCUAAACCAGUUGGUCAACAUCACCAGACACCAGGGCCAGGAGCAUACAGUCCAGAAAAAGCUCCACCUCUGAGCAGCAGGAGUGCUCCAACAUACACAAUGGGUUCAAGAACAAAAUAUCGCAUGGUUGAUAAUAUUCCAGCUCCAAAUCGAUAUACCUUACCAUCUCUGCUUGGGUCUCACAUUCCCAAUAAAUCUGCGAGCCCUAGCUACACCAUUUCUGCAAGAACGAGAUCCGUCAGCUUCUCAGAAGAUCUUUCAAAAACACCAGGCCCAGGCAAUUAUAAUACUACAGAUCCCAGUAUGUACCUCCAAAAACAGCCUGCUUUCUCAAUGUUGGGUCGCCACAGUGCAGCACGAGAAACUGCUCAAACACCCGGUCCUGGGGCAUACAGGCCUGAAAAAGUGACUGCCCACAAACCAAAGACCCCAGCAUUUUCCAUGGGAAUCCGACAUUCAGAAUUUGUUACUCCACUUAUCAUUGAUGUCUCAGACUGAAGAUAAGAGCAUACAGCUGUGUGUGAAAACAGUGGCUUUGAACAUUUUUCCAAGGUGUGCAAAUUGUGCCCAUUAACUAAACUUCGUACCUCUGUAAUGAAACUUCUUUCAUAAAUCUACUAGACUACAAGCGUGUAUGAUCUUUCUUUGUCUUGAACAGCAGGUGGUAGGAGUCCAUAAAGACAGUGUAAUUUCCACAUUAUUGACUAUUCUAUAACA